GCGAAAAGUUAUGGCCAUAAAUAACCCGAACAGAGUGAGAGACAGAUGCAGAGUGUGCGCGACGCGUACGCGGUGAGAACGUUACGUAACGCAACGAGACGCAGACGCGACAGCCGGCGAAGGUCGCCAUCGUUGCGGCCAUCGAGCUUGGAGUGUACAUACACGCACGGCGCACACACACACACCACCCAACCACCCGCCGUCCGUCCCGUCCCGUCCCGCACGUCCGAUUUGGCGGCAUUGCUGUGUGUUGUGUUCUGCUUCGGACGUUUCCGUACUGUUCACUAAAUUAUUGCCGUCAAAUCACUCUCUGGAUCACAUGGAACCCUUGGAAGGGAAUGUAUUUGCUGUCGAAGCAUUGUUGAAGGAACGAAAACGCAAGGGAAAGGUCGAAUAUUUGGUCAAAUGGAAAGGAUGGGGGAAUAAACAUAACACAUGGGAGCCACGUGAGAAUGUAUUGGAUGAUCGACUAUUCGAAGAGUUUCAAAAACAAAAACAGAAAAAUAAAAAAAGAAGUUCGAGCGGAAGUACCAGCAAGAAAUCAGAUACGACGACCACACCCCCAUCGAAACGUCGACGCCGAUUGGCAGGUGGCGAUAUACGCGAUGAGAGCAGUGAAAGUAGCGAGCAUGAUGAAGAACUCGGCACUCCGUCCACAUCAACAAUGGCCAAAGACGAAAAAGAAUCGGACGUGGAUCAAAGCUUUGUGUCCGAUUCUCGCUCAGAAGCGGCCGACUUGCCAUCCGAACGUGAAGAGCCACGAUCGGAAGACACCGUAACACCGACGACACCGCACGACACAAAGGACUAUUCGAAAACGAAAGCUGGCCCAUCACACGAGAAAAAGUCUGAAAGUACCGGCGCGGACGAAAAGAAAAGCGAUGAAGCGUCAGCAGUGGCACCGGCGGCGGCGCCGACAGCAGCGGAAGCACCGACCGAUGAUUCGAACGCAGAAUCGCCAGAUGCACCAAGCCCCGAUCAGCGUAUGCUACGACAACUUACGGAACAGGACUACCUUGUUGGUCAUGUGACGUCGGUAGUGGAACCAGUGAAGGACGGAACGGUGAAGGAGAAAGCAUUCAUAGCGGGCGGCACGAGUCAGACGGACGGUCUGCAGCAGAUUCAACUCUGCGAGAAUGAUGAAAAAAGAUUACGAAUCGAGGCCAUCAAGAACGAAAUACGCUCUGAAACGAUUUCGUGGACAAAUCCUGAACGCCCAUCAGAGCCGUUCCAGUAUCAUGGCAGCAUCACUAUCACGGAUGUAACAGUAAAUGGACAAACAUGCCAAUUUAUAGAACUUUGAAGAUUACGAAAGAAAAUGAAUGAAAAUGAAUGUUUUCCAUCAAAUGCCUAGAGUGAAAACUGCCGAAAAUUCUAUAGUGAUGUGCGGUUGACUAUUUUUUAUGUGUAGAUGGUGCACUUGCACAUUUUAGCAAAGGUAUGCCGUUGUUCAGAAGUUGCUGUAUAGUGUGCAAUUGCACCAUAUUUUUGGUUUUUUCUAGUGUUUCUUUUAUUUUAUUGCGGUUUGUAGGAGUUGAGCAUCCUAAAGUUUGAUGUUUUUAGCACAGCGCCAAUGUCGUGUUUCUUUCAAUGUGUCCACUUUUCAAUGUUCAAAUUUUCAAGGUUUCCGGAAAGAUUCUGCCAAUUUGUGUUCUUUUGCGUUUGGUGUUAAUUUUGUUAUAUUUGAGAUAUAUUCUAUGUCGUAUUUAUUUUCCAAAUGGCGAAUAAAUAAUAUGAAUUGGUAUGCUG